AUGCUGGUGACCAUAAUGCUGUCCCUUCGCUCCGCCGUGCGGAGAGCUUCCACCAAGCCCCUCCGAUCAUUCUCCGCGCCGCUCUCGGUCUCGCCUCUGCGCUCCGGGGCCACUGCCCGCGCAGUCGCUGCGCCCCUUCAUCGCCAUGCUCGAGCCUACUCUCGCACCGCGGAUGCUCAACCGAGCUCCACUCGAAGCACCGUCGUUCAGUUGCUGAGCAACAUCGGUUCCAAGCGUGAGGUCCAGCAAUACCUGUCUCAUUUCACCUCCGUUUCUUCGCAGCAAUUCGCCGUGAUCAAGGUCGGUGGUGCAAUCAUCACCGAGCACUUGCAGACUCUGUCAUCCGCCCUCGCCUUCCUCAAUCAUGUUGGUCUGUACCCCAUUGUCGUCCACGGUGCCGGGCCGCAGCUCAACCGCAUGCUGGAAGCGGCCGGUGUGGAGCCCCAGUUCGAGGACGGAAUCCGUGUGACGGACGGCAAGACCCUUUCACUGGCGCGCAAGCUGUUCCUGGAGGAGAACAUGAAGCUUGUGGAGGAGCUGGAGCGCAUGGGUGUGCGUGCUCGGCCCAUCACCGCCGGUGUCUUUUCCGCCGAUUACCUCGAUAAGCCCAAGUACAACCUUGUCGGAAAGAUCAACGGCGUGGACAAGAGGCCUAUCGAAUCCGCCAUCGAGGCAGGAUGUCUGCCUAUCCUGACCUCCAUGGCAGAGACCCCCGACGGUCAAGUGCUCAACGUCAAUGCCGAUGUCGCGGCCGGGGAGUUGGCUCGGGCGCUGCAGCCUUUGAAGAUUGUGUACCUGGCCGAAAAGGGAGGUCUGUUCAACGGUGAUACCGGUGAGAAGAUCUCUGUCAUCAACCUCGAUGAAGAGUACGACCACCUGAUGACUCAAUGGUGGGUUCGUCACGGUACUCGCCUGAAGAUCAAGGAGAUGAAGGAUCUCCUGAGCGAUCUACCUCGAUCGUCCAGUGUGGCCAUCAUCCACCCAGCCGACCUCCAGAAGGAGCUGUUCACUGAUUCCGGCGCCGGCACUCUGAUCCGCCGUGGUAACAAGAUCAACGUUCAAGACUCUCUGGCAGCGUUUGGCGAUCUGACGGCCCUGAAGGACGUGCUGGUCCGUGACCGAGAGGGUCUGGAUGCUCGUGCUGUCGUCGACCGCUACGUCGAGGGUAUGAAAGAGCGCGACUUCAAGAUCUACUACGAUGAUCCCAUGGACGCCUUGGCCGUGGUUCUGCCGCCUCAACAGGGCUCUCUGAUGGCCCACUUGGCCACAUUCACCAUCACGAAGUCGGGCUGGUUGACCAACGUGGCUGACAAUGUCUUCGCUAGCCUCAAGAAAGACUUCCCCAAGUUGGCCUGGACAGUCAAGGAGGAUGAUGAGAACCUGACCUGGUUCUUUGAUAAGGCGGAAGGCAGCCUCAGCCGCGACGGCGAGGUUCUGUUCUGGUACGGUGCGGAAAACGGCGACGAGGUCAAGCAGCUUGUCCAGGAGUUCACCAAGCACGGCCGUCAGAUGUUUGGUGACAUCAACCUCGAGCACCGUCUGCACCGUGCCCACGAGGCCGCAAUUAACAUUGGCAAGGGUCACGGUGCCAGCGGUGCCUCCCUGGAGCAGAAGCGCGCAUUUUCCUCCGCUUCCAAUGCUCUCCGUUCUUCCCGCAUGAAGCGCCCGACCGCUGCCGUGCAUGCGACUCGCACCUACGCCACCACCACCAACCCCAACCCUCCUCUCGGCGAAAAGAACGCCUCCAACCCUCAGCCCGCCAAGGUCGCCCUGAUCGGUGCUCGUGGCUAUACCGGCCAGGCCCUGAUCAACUUGCUCAAUGCUCACCCCAAUAUGGACCUGCGCCAUGUCUCAUCCCGUGAGCUGGCCGGCAAGAAGCUGCAGGGUUAUGACAAGCGUGAGAUCAUCUACGAGAACUUGAGCCCCGAGGAUGUCCAGCGCAUGUCUGCCAACGGCGACAUUGACUGCUGGGUCAUGGCUCUUCCGAACGGUGUGUGCAAGCCCUUCGUCGAGGCUGUCGAUCGUGGAUCAGAGAAGGGCAACGUGAUUGUGGAUCUUAGCGCCGACUACCGGUUUGACUCCAACUGGACCUACGGUCUGCCUGAACUCGUUGACCGUUCCAACAUUGCCCGUGCUACCCGUAUUGCCAACCCGGGUUGCUACGCUACGGCGGCACAACUCGGCAUCGCUCCUCUCGUUCCCUUCCUGGGCGGUCAGCCAACCACCUUUGGUGUCUCUGGCUACUCCGGUGCUGGCACUAAGCCCAGUCCCAAGAACGAUGUCAACUUCCUUACCAACAACCUCGUUCCUUACAGUUUGACGGAUCACAUUCACGAGCGUGAGAUCAGUGCACAGCUCGGCACCAGCAUCGCCUUUAUCCCCCACGUUGCGGUCUGGUUCCAGGGCAUCUCACACACCAUCAGCAUUCCCCUGAACAAGGAGAUGACUUCUCGUGACAUCCGUAACAUCUACCAGGAUCGCUACGCUGGUGAGAAGCUUGUCAAGAUCACAGGCGAGGCUCCUCUCGUCAAGGACAUUGCCGGCCGUCACGGGGUUGAGAUCGGCGGUUUCGCUGUUCACUCCAGCGGCAAGCGUGUCGUUGUCUGCGCCACCAUUGACAAUCUUCUUAAGGGUGCUGCCACUCAGUGCUUGCAGAACAUGAACUUGGCGCUGGGCUACUCUGAGUACGAGGGUAUCCCCAUCGAAUAA